CGUCACUUUUCCUCCUUUCGGCGUAGCACUACGAAAUUACUCCGGAUACCUGAACCGGUGGCCAGUGGACCAUCUCUCGGGAGCAUUUUCCACGGAACCAGCUUUCUCGGAUAGACAACACACCAUCUUGGGACUUGAUACGUUUCAUUCUGGGCUUCACGAUGCAGCUCAACCAGUUCCUCGUCCUUGCUGGCGUGCUCGGCGCCGCCGCACACCCGUCGGGGCACGCCCACCUUCACCGAAGCGCCGCGAAGCGCGACGUUCACGUCAAGAACAUCCACAGCGUCGCCCCUCCCCCCCCGCCGGUUACCACCACCUCCAAGGCGGUCCCGACUCCGUCCCCGUCUUCGCCGCCGGCCCAGGAGGUUGCGGACACCGGCAAGUCCAAGGUCAGCGAAGUCGAGACCAACGAGUACAUUCCUUUCUGCAGCGGGUCGUCUCGCAAGGCGAAGCGUGUGACGUACGAGCAGAUCAUGUACACGGGCAACUUGGGCACUAGCGGCGGCUGCAAAUGGAACUCCAACCUGAUGGUCGUUCCCAACAGCAUCGCCGACAAGUACGACUACGUCCAGACGUACACUAACGUCGCCGAUGAGCCGUACCAAGUCAUCUGCGCGAACAAGAUGGGCGCUGACGGCAAACUCACCGGCCUGUUCAAGGUCGCCAGCCAACAGCCGCUCAUCUUCACCCUCGAGCCUGGCGAGACCAAGACCGUGGUGGCGCAAGAGAACACGCAGGGCGCCUGUGCCUUUGCGCCGAACGAGGUUCCCCUUACCGAGAACGGCCAAUACGCAGGCACCUGGGCCGAAUUCGAUUUUGCGAGCGAACCCAACAAUGGCUGGUCCGGCGGUGACUGCUCCUCUCUUGUUGCCCAGGCUGCGGAUAUGGAUGUUUUUGGCUGCCAAAUGUCCCACAAUGGCGUCGACUCGACAAUUUACCCCGGCGGUGAAGCCGACAAUGCAUACAUCAAGGGCAUGGAGGCCCUGGACGGCAUCGGACUCAACAUUCCUCCUGGCAAGGUUGAGAUCGAGGUCAAGGUCGGCUUCUCUAAAUAGAUGGCGGUCCGAUUAUCGUUUCCCUUUCUUUGUCGCAUUCUCCGUGGCCGAUGGUGUCGAUCCGGCAAAGUAUCACGGCACCUGAUAGGGAUUGAAAAUUCUACUAUUUGUGUGUAUGGGUUGCUUCGCGUUCGCUCCGUU